AUGAUCAAGUUUUACUGCCCGACCCAUGAUGACAUUGGCUGCUGUGACUGCAUCGUUCUAGACCAUCGCAACUGUGAAGUAGACUACAUUACUGAUGUGUCUAAAUCUUUUGUCGACGGUAGGGAAUUUGAUUGGCUGACACAAUUUACAAAUCAAUUCGAAAAUAUCCUUUCUGAGUCCAUUUUGAAUGUCAAAGAGAUAUAUGAUGAAGUCCAAAACCAGGCUAAAGUUGAAAUCAACGAGCUGAGAAUGUUCCGGGCAAAAGUCAAUGAUAGCCUGGUCUGUCGAGAGAAUGAGCUAUUGGAUAACAUUCGGGGAGUGAAGACCGAGGAUGAAAGCUUGUUGGCUGCACUAAAGACUGAAUUUGAGUCGCUGGAAGACGAAUUGGAGGCCAUACGGAAAGAGAUAACUUCUGAGGACGUGUCGGUACACCAGCGGUACGUGGCGGCGAGAAUAGCUCAUAAGAAGCUUCAGGAGAUUGGAGACGAGCUAAAGAAGAUGACUGGGCGGCUUAGGGCCCGGAAAUUUAGGUUCAGAACAGAUUCAGACACAGAACAGCUGACUGUAUCGAGAAGGAGUCUAGGAACAGUAGAUGAAGCGGGAGAGUUUCGGAGAGAAAUUCCUGCUUAUGUCCCUGAACUGCCUACGAUCACAUGGAAGAAGGAGGCGGACAUUGAAGUCACCACGUCACAUGAUAAGAAUGUCUGCAUUAUCACCGGAUCUGCCCUGCUGACUCCCGGCCUCAUUCUUCUGGCUGAUAAUGGCAACAAAAUGGUCAAACUUUUGGACGUCACCGCUCGCUCCGUUACGUCCCACCUACAGCUGCCAGGCCAGCCAUGGGACGUAUGUGUGCUCGCUGAUGACAAGGCCGCUGUCACCAUCCCAGAGAAGGCUAUAGUUCAGCUGCUGACUAUAAAAAGAGCGCAAUUGUUAUUGGACAUGGAUAUUAAGGUGUCUAACGGUUGUCGCGGUAUUGCGUUCCAUGACGAUCAUUUUUACAUGUCCUACAUUAUCGAAGCACGUAUUGAAGUUAUGACAACUAGUGGUAGUAUUGCAAAAACAAUUCGAACAUAUAUGGGACAAACACCGUUCCAGACUCCAAACUACCUGACUGUGUCAGCCUUCACACAACCGACCCUGUAUGUUUCUGAUUACAACUCCAACACCGUGCUGCAGCUAUCCAUGGACGGGGAGGUCCUGCGGGAAUACCAGAACGAGCAGCUGAAAGGUCCUAUGUCCGUUGUGGCUGUUGGGUCUGGGCAGUUGUUCGUAUGUGGCAUGGACAGCAACAACGUUAUGCUGCUGACAGAGAAGGUCGGAACUAUGGUGGAAAUACUGGGAGAGAAGAAUGGACUUUUGAAGCCCUCUCUACUGACAAAAAUACUCAGUUUUUUAUUCAGACCACAAGGGCUCUACUGCGUGACCUUCUGUCCUCGCACGCGUUACAUUCUCAGCGGAAAGUUAUGUUCUAACGCAUUAAAAGUGUUCAAAAUUGAUGAUGAGCAGGAAGAGGAGGAGAAGAAGGAGAACAAGGAGAAGAUUGAUAACUAA